GAGGCUUCACUUUCCAAUAUGCGACCUGCGAGACGCCACGCCGUCAGCUACUUGUGCUACUGACACUAAGAGAGAGAGAGAGAGAUAAAGAGAGAGAGAGAGAGAGAGGGGCAGGGAUGGUGGUGCCGCACAGAACACCACAGCGCAGCUCGUGAAUGUUGCGAUACACAAAAGAAAGGCGCAGCAUCUUUUUUAUUUUUGCGCACAAGUCGGAGACGGAGGGGCUAUUUUUGGCCGGGAGCGUCGCCGCCACUCGACAGUGAUGUCUGCGUGCACAAUUUUUGUUUGGUGACAAAAAAUACGGAUUAAUCUGUGGCUGUGAGUUCCUCGGAGACGCUGCUGCCGCGAGGGCAGAUUGGAAAACCAGAGAGGUGCAAAUCGGAUUCCAUACAUUUGUGAUUGGAUGUGAGACCAUUUUGACCCUACAAAAUUGAAGAUGAUGUUGCUAUGGAAACUGCUGGCGCUGCAGUCACUUAUGGGGUGCCUUGCAGAGAGCAGUGUCCUGCAGAGCCCCGUCUUCAGCAAGCAGCCCGGCAGCAUCGUGUACCCCGUGGAGACCGUGGAGAAGAAUAGGGAGGUGGUGUUCAGCUGCGAAGCCCAGGGAAGCCCGCCUCCCAUCUAUCGGUGGAAACUGAACGGCACAGAAAUAAGUCCCAAAUCUGGAUCUCACUACAGUCUUUCUGGAGGCAACCUCAGAAUCAGUCAUCUGAACAAAGACCAAGAUGCUGGAACGUAUCAGUGCCUCGCCUCCAACUCUUUUGGGACCAUCGUCAGCCGAGAGGCCAGUCUAACCUUUGCUUACUUGGAAAACUUCAAGACUCACAGAAGAAGCUCUGUAUCGGUACGGGAAGGUCAAGGAGUGGUUCUGCUGUGCGGCCCUCCACCGCACUCUGGAGAUCUGAUAUUCUCCUGGAUCUUCAACGAGUACCCGACGUUUGUGAAGCAGGACACUCGCCGCUUCAUCUCGCAGGAGACGGGCAAUCUGUACGUGGCCAAAGUGGAGCCCUCGGAUGUUGGCAACUACACCUGUGUGGUGACCAACACCGUGACCAAGACCCGCGUCCAGGGUCCGCCCACCCCUCUGGUGCUCCGCAGCGACGGUGUUAUGGGUGAAUAUGAGCCAAAGAUUGAAGUUCAGUUUCCAGAGGUUGUUCAUGUUGCCAAAGGAUCCACUGUAAAGCUGGAAUGCUUCGCUCUGGGAAACCCAGCACCUUCUAUAAGCUGGAGGAGAGUGGACGGCGUACCCUUCCCCAGGAAAGUGGACAUGAGAAAAGCCAGCGGCGUUCUGGAAAUCCCUUAUUUCCAGCAGGAGGACGCCGGCACGUAUGAGUGUGUGGCCGAAAACUCCAGGGGAAUGAACACAGUGAAGGGAAAGCUCUCUUUCUACGCCCCUCCUCAUCUUAUUGAGAAACCCCUCGAUGUCCAGAAGCUCAUUGAUGACUCGAUGGUGUGGGAGUGUAAAGCCACGGGGAAGCCGAAGCCGUCUUACAGAUGGAUGAAAAACGGAGAGAACCUGGAGCCUGCAGAGGAGCGCGUACAGGUGGCCAAUGGAGUGUUGUCCAUCAGUCGCCUGACCCUGUCCGACACAGGAAUGUACCAGUGCGUGGCCGGGAACAAGCACGGCGAGGUCUACUCCAAUGCAGAGCUGCGAGUUAUAGCCGUUGCCCCAGAUUUCUCUCACAAUCAACUGAGGAGCCAGACGCUGGUGAAGGUAGGAGGAGACGUGCUCAUCGAGUGCAAGCCCAAGAUGUCUCCUUGGGGUGUGAUCUCUUGGCGGAAGGGCAGCGAACCGCUCCGAGAGAGUAACAGGAUCUCCAUCCUGGACAACGGCAACCUCCGGAUAUGGAACGCGACCAAAUCCGACGCGGGCCUUUACACCUGCGUGGCGAGGAACCAGUUUGGCGUGGCGAGCAGCACGGGGAGCAUCACCAUUAAAGAGCCCACCAUCAUCACCACCCUGCCCUCCACGCUGGACGUCACCGUGGGCGAGAGCGUGGUCCUGCCCUGCCAGGUGAGCCACGACCCGUCUCUGGAGCUCAAGUUCACCUGGUUCUUCAACGAGCAGCUCAUCCACUUCGGGAGCCACGGUGGAUUUUUUGAAAAAGUCGGGGGUCAGCAUUCGGCAGGAGACAUUAUGAUUCGAAACAUCCAGCUGAGGCAUGCGGGGAAGUACACAUGCGCCGUGCAGACCAAGGUGGACAGCAUAUCCAUCGCUGUUGACUUGGUUGUCAGAGGUCCCCCGGGGCCCCCCACCAGCAUCCAUGUAGAAGAAAUCACUGAUACCACAGCCUCUCUGUCCUGGAGGCCCGGCCCUGAUAAUCACAGUCCAAUUACGGCAUACACCAUCCAGGCCAGGACACCAUUUACCCUCGGGUGGCAGGCUGUCACCACAGUUCCUGAGGUGGUGGGAGGCCACCGGCUGACAGCGACAGUAAUAGACCUGAGCCCCUGGGUGGAGUAUGAGUUUCGAGUCCUGGCAAGCAAUACCAUCGGGACCGGCGAGCCCAGCAAGCCGUCCAAACAAGCAAGGACGAAGGGCACCUCUCCAAAGGUCACACCAGCUAAUGUGAGUGGAGGCGGUGGCAGUCGCUCCGAAUUAGUCAUCACAUGGGAGCCUGUUCCAGAGGAGCUGCAGAACGGAGCCGGGUUUGGAUACGUCGUGGCUUUCCGACCCCACGGUGCCACAGGCUGGAUGCAGGCGGCCGUACCGUCCGCCGAAGCGUCCCGAUACGUCUUCAAAAACGAGAGCAUCCAGCCCUUCUCGCCUUUCCACGUGAAGGUCGGCGUUUACAACAACGAGGGGGAAGGACCGUUCGGACCCGUCGCCACCAUCUACUCCGCUGAGGAGGAGCCUGGCCGAGCGCCCACCAGAGUCCGUGCCAAGAGUGUCUCUGCAUCCGAGAUUGAAGUUUCGUGGAAAGCUCUGCCCUGGAAUGCCAGCAAGAAGAGAGUGCUGGGCUACGAGCUGAGGUACUGGAGUAGAAGUGAAAGGGAAGACAUGGCCAGCGUGCAAAGGACUGUAGGAAAUCAAACGUCUACUAUUAUCCGCGGGGUGAAAGGCAGCACCACAUAUUACAUCUCGGUGAGGGCGUAUAACACCGCUGGAACGGGGCCUCCCAGCUCCACCGUCAACGUUACCACCAAAAAACCACCACCCAGUCAGCCACCAGUUAAAGUGAUGUGGAACGCGUCAAACUCCAAGAUUAUAUUGAACUGGGAGCAGGUCAAAGCCCUGGAGAAUGAGUCAGAGGUCACCGGUUACAAAGUGCUGUACAAGAAGAAUCAGCACAGCCGCCCCAACGUCAUGGAAACCAACACCACCUCUGUGGAGCUGGCUUUUCCCACUGAUGAGGGUUAUAUCAUCCAGAUAAAACCAUUUGGAGAGGGAGGGGAAGGCAGCAGCAGCAGGCUGAUCACCAUCCCAAGGUUGCCAGGCCCCAAAGCUGUCGGCUCAGCAUCCAAGGUCUCCACUCUAUCAGCCCUCAGUACAAUAGCACUGUCUUUCACAGCGCGGACAUCUUUAUGACAAACGGCUCCCAGCAGACGGUGCAUCUGAUGUGGAGACAGCUCUCCGGCGGAAUGCAAACACAGCCCACUCUGGUGUAACUAGAUCCAUUCAUUUAGAUUUUAGAGGCAGAAGGAAGAUGCUGAUGAAAAAGAAAUAAAAAAUAAAAGAAGCCACUGAGAUGACAGGCAAAAGGAGUCCCCUUCAGCACCCAGGCUAAGUAAAAAGGAGGUUGACCGAUGUCGUGACUAUGUUGUUACCAAAGCAGCUUUCAUAAGAAAAAAAAAAAAAGAACGAGAAAAAUGUCUUAUAUGCAUCUUUUUGUAUGACAUGUUGAGCUUUUAUAGAUUUUGUUUUCUUAAUCGAUUUGAAGUCGGUCUGGGCGAGAACAGUUAAGUGCAUGGCAAACGACAUCAUCAGAUAUCCAGUUUGGAGGUUAAGAAUGUGACAGCACACCUUUCGUCUUCUAAAAUAGGGUAAUGCUUUGGUUUCAACCGAUCAGAGUAUGUUUUGUUUUUUUUGUUUUUCCUCAAAUGAACUGUUACCUGCUACGUCUCUGCAUUUCUGUUUCUGCACAAAAAAUAUUUUACUCAAAGGAUUGCAUUAACAGCUUUGCUACUGGUUUCGCUUAUUGGUCAUCCUAACCAGUAUGUGACGAGAGGAUUAGCACUAGAUGCUACAUGCUAAUGCUUGCAAAUUGCUAGCAAAGUUAGCCAGAUGAAGUUAAUUUAAAUGAUUUCAUUUCUGGGGUGGAAUAUGAUUUCCUUCUUAUACGUCGUGGAUGUGCAGAAAGUGCAAAAGAGAAAACAUUAAUAUCAUUAUCUUCAUGUAUCAAAUCAUGCUAACUGCCACUUAUUACAA